UAUUUUAUAUAGCCUGAUUUGCUAUUGUGUGGUGGAAGAGAGGUGGGGUAUUGUUUGAAGUCCAGAAUGCUGCUAUUUUUUCCCCCCAAUUUAGAUUUGAUAAUAUUGAGUGGUUAAUUUUCUGACUGUGCUAUUCUCAUAUACAUAAUGUGGUCUAUAUUUGGCUUUCUAACAUAACCCAAGACAUGUUUAUCAAAUGUAAAAUUUAUAGGGAUAUCUUGUAAUAUUAUAAUUGUUUUGUGUUUAAUGACAGGAUUUCCAAUGGCUGCAAGGAGGAGGAGGGGGAAACCUCCAUUACAGGAUGCUAUAGAAAAUGCUAUCAAGGCACAGGACAAGAUAGCAGAAUUAGAAGUGAAGUACAUCAAUUCCUUUAAAGGUCGAGGGGUGUUUACCAAAACCCAUUUUAGUAAAGGCGACUUUGUGGUGGAGUACAGAGGACAACUAAUAACAUCUGAAGAAUCAGCAAGAAGGAGGAGGACCUAUCACAGAUCAUGUACUGUUUUCAUGUUUGAUUUCCACUGGAAAGAAAAGACAUGGUGUAUUGAUGCAUCUCAAGAAGAUGACAGCCUUGGACGAUUAGUCAAUGACGACAACAGACAUCCCAAUUGCAAAAUGAAGAAGAUCGUAGCAGAGGGCAAACCCUACCUCUGUUUAUUUGCUCUGAGGGACAUUCAUCCAGGAGAAGAAAUCACAUAUGACUAUGGUGAAAGUGAUUGGCCAUGGAGGAAACAGUCAUGUCCUGAGAUGACCUCUGACACAGAAGUCUCCAGAACAGCAGAGAAGACUGCAGAGAGGCAUCCAUCCACCACCAUGCAGGUAAGAAUCAAUUGUAUUUCAACAUUGUUUUUUCUUUUUUAAUCAAAUAUUUGUAAAGUUGACUCUUGUACAUACAGUUUUGUUUAGUUUAGAUCAGUGCUACUCUGAUGUUAAAUAUGUUGCCAAGCACAGUCAGGUUUUCCUGAUUGAGUGGGGACCGCCCUAUCAUAUACUGUGGCUGCUGUGUUACACACUUGUCAGGUGUCUUAUUUGUGGGGACCACGUUAGCUCAGUAAUACUCUGCAUAUUUACUGCACUGACAUGACUUUUUCAGGCAUUAAGUUAACAAAACACCAUGUAUUACACACGGCCUGUAACACAGGCUAAGUUUGCUCUCUACAAUUCACACCAGUCC